GUGUAUAUCCAAGCGGUUUUUUUGCAGUUUCGCCGAUCAAUUUUAACCCCGCAAGAGGGUCGCUAGUUGGUGUUCCGCGUGCUACGUCCCACGCGGAAGGGCGUCGCAGUGAAGUGCAGUGUGGUGUGGUGACGAGCAUGCGACCUACAACGAUGACGGUGCCCGGCGGAAAUCCGUGGCAGUAUGCGAUACUCUUGACACUGUUGCUGGCCGGUGAAGGGUGGGCCGUACACCGGGGCCAAUACCAUCGCAGCUUUGCGGACCACCCGGUAAACGAUCCGUGCCUGGACGAGGAUCGUCCGCGCCGCUGUAUGCCGGACUUUGUGAACGCGGCGUUCGACGUACCGAUCGAGGCGUCGUCGACGUGCGGCCAGGGCAAACCGGCCCGGUUUUGCGAUCUGAAAGAAUCGUCCGACGGUGGGCUGACGGGCGGACGGUCCGGGAUGGUGGAGUCUACCUGCGAGAUCUGUGACGAGGCGGAUGUGACCAAGCGCUACUCAGCCCUUUCCCUCACCGAUGUGCACAACACGAACAAUGUGACCUGCUGGCGGUCGGAGCCGCGCAGCGGUACGCUGGAUGCUGGUCCAGACAACGUGACGCUAACGCUGUCGCUCGGCAAGAAGUUUGAGCUGACGUACGUGAGCCUGACGUUCUGCCCGCACGCGAUCCGGCCCGACUCGAUGGCGAUCUACAAGAGUGCGGACUACGGCAAGAAUUGGUUGCCGUUCCAGUUUUACAGCUCCCAGUGCCGGAAGCUGUACGGCCGCCCGACGAAGGCAACGAUUUCGCCCAGUAACGAACAGGAGGCGCGCUGCGUAGAUCACAACCGCUACAGUGUGGAUGUUGUGCAAGGGUCCCGGAUCGCGUUCAGCACACUGGAGGGACGUCCGUCGGCGCCCGAUUUUGACAACUCCGUCAUCCUGCAGGAUUGGGUCACCGCCACCGACAUUCGGGUCAUCUUCCAUCGUCUCCAGCCGGCGAGCGGUGGGGGAGGUGGAGGCGGCGGCGGCUCUUCGCUCGCGAAAUCGCAAUCAACCGAGCUGCUCGGCGGUGGCAAGUUUGGCGGUGUGCCCAAAAAGGCAUCUGACUUCCUGUUGCAUCCCCGGGACAUCGGCACCCAGGGUGUUGGGUCCGGGGUGCUGACCUACGCACUGUCCGACUUUGCCGUCGGUGGACGGUGCAAGUGUAACGGGCACGCGUCCCGGUGCGUGAAGGGUGCGGAAGGAAAGCUCGAGUGUGAUUGCAAGCACAACACCGCCGGUCGAGACUGUGAACGCUGCAAACCGUUCUACUUCGAUCGACCCUGGGGCCGCGGUACGAUGCGCGACGCGAACGAAUGCAAAGCCUGUCAGUGUAACGGCCAUGCCAGGAAGUGCCGAUUCAAUCUCGAGCUGUACAAGAUGUCGGGACGUGUUUCGGGUGGUGUGUGCACGGACUGCCGGCAUGAUACAGCCGGGCGCCACUGCCAUUACUGCCGCGAGGGCUUCUACAAGGAUCCAUCCAAACCGCUCACCCACAAGAAAACCUGCAAGCCAUGCGACUGCCAUCCGAUUGGGUCGUCUGGUAAGAGCUGCAACCACACGACGGGCCAGUGCACCUGUAAGGAAGGCGUAACGGGACUGAACUGCAACCGAUGCACCCGCGGCUACCAGCAGAGCCGCUCGCAUAUCGCACCGUGCAUAAAAAUACCUCGAGUCAUUAACAUCAACCACCAAGCCCAGAACACUGCACCAGAAUCCUACCAGUACGAUCCGGAUGCAAGCGAAAGCACCAAAGAAAAUUGUGGCAAAUGCAAAUUCGACACGAAGCGGCUUAACCUGAACAAAUUCUGCAAACGCGAUUAUGCCAUCAUGGCGAAGGUGACGGGCCGUUCGACGCCGGGAGGCAAAAAUUCUCCCCGUGACGAGGUACGCUUCAAUCUUCAGGUGCAAUCGGUGUUCAAAUCGAACGGACCGCUGCUAAUGGCAAGCCAGCGCAAAUCUAGCAUUGGGCUGCUGGUACCGUCGAAGAAUCUUGACUGCCGCUGUCCCAACAUCAAGAUCAACAAGUCUUACCUGAUCCUCGGCAUGGACGCGAAGAGCAAUGCGGAAAAUCUAAUGCUCGGCCCGAAAACGAUCAUCAUCGAGUGGAAGGAUGACUGGAAUAGGCGGCUGCGCCGAUAUCAGCAACAGGCGGGCUCAUGCUACUAGACCGACCAGCGGCAUCCGCUCGAAUUAUCGACCACGUAAAGUAGCCGAAUAAAUUCGAUUCCGUAAUUCGUGCGCGUGAUCGCUGGGCAAAAGGAAAGCGAGUUCUAGUGUGUAGAUGUCUUUUCUUCGGUGCUGCACUUGGCAGGCCGGGAAAGGAUCCGGCUGGUGCAGCGGCAAGAUGGCAUACCGCCAAUAGUAUUCUUCAUGCCACCCGUUCCUCAAACAAAACCAACCAUGCCCCCUCCUCCCUUUUCCCCACCCCCGGAAUCCACCGAAAACUCGACGCGCGAACCUGAUUUGUUUUUCCUUCUGGAAGCAGGUGGGGCGCGCAUGACGUUUCUUGCCUGGCACCACCACCAGUAGUGCGAAGUUGUUUCCACUAAAUUAUUAUUACCCAAAUGUAAUCUCUAUUAAUCAUUUGUACGCUAGUGUCAGUCUGCUUUAUCUGCAUAUCAGUAAGAGGUGUUUUUUUUAAUGUUUAUUGAGGUGAUCUUGCCAUGGUGCGUAGUGUGCACCCGUUAGGCAGAUUCGGUCAUAUCAUACAACAGGAGCUGGGCAUGUUCUUGUUUCAUUUUUAGAAGCUUAAUUGUUAAACAAAGAAAUGGGUGCGAGAAGAGAAAAAAAACGAGAAGAAACGAAAAGGUAAAUCAACCAUUUCGUAGGCUCUGUUUUGUUACGCCUCCAUUUGCCCUUAAUUACCCACUUAUUCCCUGAUUGUAGCCUGAUUUAGCCGUUUCGUUCCGGUGCCAUUUGCAGUAGGG